AUGACCAAAGGCGAAACCAUCAAGUGCAAGGCCGCCGUCGCCUGGGAAGCCGGCAAACCCCUGUCGAUCGAAGAGGUUGAAGUUCAGCCACCUCGUGCGGGCGAGGUGCGCGUUCAGAUCACCCACACCGGUCUCUGCCACACCGACUCCUACACGCUCUCCGGCUCCGACCCUGAGGGUGCCUUCCCCGCCAUUCUCGGUCACGAAGGCGCCGGUAUCGUCGAGUCGGUCGGCGAAGGCGUCGAGGACGUCAAGGAGGGCGAUUCGGUCAUCCUGCUCUACACUGCCGAGUGCCGCAAGUGCAAGUUCUGCAAGUCGGGCAAGACCAACCUCUGCCAGGCGGUGCGUGCCACCCAGGGUCAAGGUGUCAUGCCGGACAAGACUAAGCGUUUCAGCUGCAAGGGCAAGGAGCUCUUCCACUUUAUGGGCACCUCCACCUUCUCCCAGUACACGGUCGUCUCGCAGUACUCGCUCGUCGCCAUCGACCCCAAGGCGCCACGCGACAAAACCUGCUUGCUCGGAUGCGGUGUUACCACCGGAUGGGGUGCCGCCACUCACACCGCCAACGUCGAGAAGGGCUCCACCGUAGCCGUCUUUGGUAUCGGCUGUGUCGGUCUCGCCGUCCUCACUGGCGCUGUCGACGCUGGCGCAGGUCGCAUCAUCGCCAUCGACACCAACGACAAGAAGGAGUCCUGGGCCAAGAAGUUUGGCGCCACCGACUUCGUCAACCCCUCCAAGCUCGGCGACAAGGACAUCGUCUCUCACCUCGUCGAAAUCACCGACGGAGGCCUCGACUACACCUUCGACUGCACCGGUAACGUCAAGGUCAUGCGAAGCGCUCUCGAAGCUUGUCACAAGGGAUGGGGAGUCAGCACCGUCAUUGGCGUCGCUGCCGCUGGUCAGGAGAUCGCUACGCGUCCCUUCCAGCUCGUCACCGGCCGCAAGUGGCAAGGUUCCGCAUUCGGCGGUGUCAAGGGCAGGACCGAGCUGCCUGGUAUCGUCGACAGGUACUUGAACGGCACCUUCAAGGUCGACGAAUACAUCACUCACACCUCGAACCUAGACGACAUCAACAAGGGCUUUGAGUACAUGAAGCAAGGCGAGUGCGUCCGAUGCGUCGUAAAAAUGUCGUAG